AGUUCCCCAUCAAAUCUCAAGACGAAUGGUUCCCAAAAUGAAACCAAAUUGGCUAACUACGUGUAUCCUAGUUAUUUUUCUGAUUCAUCAAUCGAGUUCUCUGCUAUGGCCAGCAUCUUCUAAUUUGGGUCUAACACUUUCAGUGUCCACACCCAUUGCUGAACUCUAUCCAGAACGUCGUAUUCUGAUCGAUUGGUGCUUCGCCAUCUCCUACAACUAUCCCUAUAACCUGACUGAGUUUUAUAGCAUACCCAUCUGGCCAGGAUUUGCCAACUACAAAGCGAAGCGAGAAGUUCCCCAACUGGAAAUGACGGAUGAGAAUUUCUAUACGAAAUAUGGACAUGAUAAUGGCAAUGGUAUGCAUCCCAAGGAUUUUUCGGCUGGAGAACUCUAUGCCUUCCUUGAGGAUACUUUAACGGGAUAUGGAUUCCAUGAGACGUGCUUGCUAAGAAGUGUUUGCGAGUUGGCACAACACCCUUUCGAUGACAGCCAUCAGCACUUGCUAAGCGAUAUAGUGACCUUCGUUUUGAGCCCCUCCCAACACGAAGGUUUUCGUGAUGACGAAGACGUAUACAGAAAGGCCUACGAACUGGCCGAGCAAGAUGGAUUCCUGGGUCGGGAUUGCUUGAGAUUAUAUUCUCACUGCAAACACGAUAUAUUACAGCUGAUGAGUCAAGUUAUAUUUCACUAG